AACUCAGUAGGAGAGAGAGAGGGAGGAACUCAGUAGGAGAGAGAGAGAGAGAGAGGGAGGAACUCAGUGAGAGAGAGAGAGAGAGAGAGAGAGAGAGAGAGAGAGAGAGAGAGAAUCUCAGGUUUGGUGUGUGGUUAGUCUACAAGCAGUCGGGGCGGAAACACUAGACAGACAGACUGACUGAGUGACUGAUCUGUGUGUGAACAGUGGAGCUGAGCUGUGUUUGUGGAAUGACGCUUUUCUUCAGCUCAACCUGCUGGUAAACAGAAGGGCUGUGUGGACGCAGGAAUUUCAGGUCACGAGGACUCCAGCAGCAGAGCAGUGGUCGGAGAAGUGUUGUAGUUAAUCUGAGCUGGGGUAGGGAGUAUGUCUACUGUGUCCUGCUUGAUUGAAGAUUGUCCCUGUCCUUCUUACUCUGACAGUAUGGGAGAUCUGAAAACACACUGAGUAGAAGACACACACACACUCACACAGAGAGACUCUAGACGCGGAGACGACACACACACAUUGUAAUUUUGGAGAGACUAUUUCAGCCUCUUGUGGAAUCCUUGGAGGUCCCAACUUCCCCCCCCCCCCCCCUUGUAUUUUUGUCCCUGACGAUGGCGUCAGCCGUGGAUUAUGUGUUGUUGCUGGUAGCUGCCGUGCUGGGACCGUACCACGUUGGGGUGGAAGGAGGGUGCGCUGGGAAGUGCUGCCGGGGUUCAGACAUCACCUGUUCAACGGCAGACUGGAGGAUGGACCGUGUGUUCGGCACCUGCUACUGCGACGAGGGCUGCCUCAGGACCAAAGACUGUUGCUAUGACUACCCCACCGAGUGCCCAGCCCAGUCGUGUGUGGUGACUGACUGGAGUCACUGGAGCGGUUGUGCCCAGCCCUGCCAGCGGUCCAGGAGGGUCCGGCAGCGCCACAUUGAGCAGGAGCCCAGGAACAGUGCAGAUCCAUGUCCCAGUCUGGAGGAGCAGGCUGGCUGCAUGGACUACCAGUCAAACCAUGGAGAGAUCUGCACUCAGAACACAGGUCCAGCUUUCAUCACCACCAGGGAGUUUGGUAAAGGAAGAACAAAGCCUGACAUCUACGGAGCACCUCUGUACCCUGGGUUCUGUAUGGAGUAUAAGAUGGAGUCUCUGACUACCCACUGUACGGUGGAGAACAGACCACACACCCACUGGAUGCAGUACCUACGUGAGGGCUACACGGUGUGUGUGGCGUGCCAACCCCCCGCCAUGCGUAACCAUAGCGGCAGCUGCCAGGGAGACGGACAAGAAUCCAACAGUGAGGAGCUGCUCCAUUGGCAGGCUGUGGGGAACUCUGGCUGUCGUGGAACGUGGAAGAAGGUCCAGAGAACAGCAUACUGCUCCUGUCCUCACGUCCACAGCUUCCUCUUCAUAUAAACACACAGGAAGUCUUACUUGCGGUCCUACUUGCACCCGUAUUCCCUAUAUGGUGCACUACUUUAGACCAGAGCCCUAUGGCACCCUAUUUCCUAUAUAGUGCACUACUUUAGACCAGAGCCCUAUGGCACCCUAUUCCCUAUAUAGUGCACUACU